AUGUCUCGCCGUCUCCAGAACAGAAUCUGCAUCAUCACCGGAACCGGCAGCAGCAUGGGCCGCGCAGCAGCCCUAAAGUUCGCCCAAGAAGGCGCCAUCAUCGUCGGCUGCGACGUGAAUGCGACCCGCGCCUCAGAAACAGAUGCAGCAGUCAAGGCCAUGGGAGGGACCAUGACCUCACUAGCACCCUGCGAUCUAACCAUGCCAGAAGGAUGCGGGAGGCUAGUCAAUUUCACGAUGGAGAGGCACGGCCGUAUCGACGUGCUCUGCAAUAAUGCCUCGAUGGCAUACUUGGGAUUGAGGGGCGGCGUCGUGGACGAACGCUGCAAUAACAACUAUAGCCAGGAGUUCAACCUGAUCCACCUCAUGACUCGGGUGGCGUGGCCGCAGUUGACGAGGGUGGGCGGUGCAGUUGUGAAUAUUGGCUCGAUUGAUGGGUUUGUGAGCCCUCUGCCCCAGGGGAAGACCAAAGCGGAUGUCCUGGACUUGAAUCGGGAGUUGGCUAUGAAGGGCCGUGAGGCGCGGAUCAGAGUGAAUUAUAUCUCGCCUGGCAAGAUACAGAUGUACGAGACCGCGCCGGUUCUGCAGGAUCCAUUUCGGGGUGAUUCCAUGGCCAAGGUUAUGCUGGGGAGGUAUGGACGCCCUGAGGAAGUUGUUUCGGUGGCUUGUUUUCUCGCAUCGAGUGAGGCUUCGUAUAUCACGGCCGCAGAUAUCAAAGUUGACGGUGGGAUGACAGCUUGGUAG